AUGCUAUUUGAGCUGGAAAGGGAUCCUACGGUUAAGAGCGCAGCUUUUAAGGAGCUGAACGAUAUCACAACGGAACACGAGUUCAAUAGUGCGCUGAAGGUGCAAUGCAACCUGGGAGACGUACCAAUUGGAAUUCGGUUGAGGAAGGCGUAUGGUGGCACGCAGACGGCAUCGAUACGAAUUUCUUCGGACGCAGCUAACGAGCUGCUGAAGACAGGCCGAAUCAAGGUUGGGUGGUCAGUAUGCCCCCUGAAAGCUAUCCCUCGGGCUACCAAGCAAAUGGAGAGAUGCUUUAACUGCAUGAACUUUGGUCACCAGGCGAGAAACUGCAAAGGCCCUGACAGAUCUGAUCUGUGCAGGAAAUGCGGAGAGAAGGGGCACGUUGCAAAAGACUGUACGAAGCAACCGAUGUGCAUGCUCUGCAAAAAGGAGGACGGAAACGGCGUGUGA